AUGGACGCCCAAGUGCUGGCCGACUGGGAGAACUGCGACAAAACGGAUACUCUCUUCGUGGUAAUCUGCAGUGUUAUUUGCUGGGGAAUCAUUCCAGCUGUCGGCCUUGGUUAUUCGGGGUACUCAACGCGCCAUAAUUCCUUAGCAUCUUUCUUCCCCGCAUUGCUGGCGGUCAUCUGUGUAUCCCUCCAGUGGUACAUUCUGGGCUACUCGCUAGCUUACGGAGAAGGCAAUGGGUUCAUCGGGGAUUUGAAAUAUGCUUUCCAUCGAGGCGUGCUUGCGCAGCCGGUGGGCACCAUUCCAGCCAUCUUAUUCAGUGAAUUCCAGCUUAUCUUUGCCGCCACCGUUGCGGCAAUUGCCAUCGGAGGAUCUUGUGAACGAGGCAGACUGCUUCCCUUGAUCCCCUUUCUUUUCCUUUGGACCACCUUUGUAUACUGCCCGCUGGCCCACAUGGUAUGGUCCGAAUCUGGAUUUUUAAACCAAAUGGGCGUCCUCGAUUUUGCCGGCGGUACCCCUGUGCACAUCUGCAGUGGUGCCACUGCGACUGCGAUUUCCGUCUACCUCUCACAUCCUCUUUUUCGCUCGCGAAAAUCAAAUGUUCGGACACCUUCGCAUUUGAAACUCCACAAACCACACAAUACCAUUUCUCAGCUGUUAUCACUAGUCACUAUAUGGGGAUCCUGGCUUGCAUUUGACGCUGGCACCACCUUGAGCUUCAACUUCAAGUCCGUCCAUGCUCUUUGUGUUACCAACCUAUGUGCAGCUGCCGGAGCCUUAACUUGGAAUGUACUCACGUAUUAUGAGAGCGGUAAAUUCUCCUUGGACUCUACCUUCCUCGGGGCAAUUUCAGGAUUAGUUAUGAUCACUCCCGCGGCUGGAUUCAUCAGCAUGACAACAUCCCUUUUCUUCGGCAUUGUUGGAGCAUUGGUCUGUCGUCAAGCGUUACGACUCAAGUUCACUGCUUUGGCUCGCCGUCUGAAGUGGGUUGAUAAUGGUGAUAGCUUUGCCACGCACUGCAUCGGAGGGUUUGUCGGGACUAUUGCUACUGGUCUCUUUGCCAGUCAACGAGUGGCUGCUUUUGAUGGAACGACCGAAAUUGCCGGCGGCGUUUUUAUCGACGGCAACUUCCAUCAGGUCUUUAUUCAGAUCAUCGAAGCUACCAUUGGCUUUACCUGGACAUUUGGAGUCUCUUAUCUGAUUUUUGCUGGCUUGGACUGUAUUCCUGGCCUUGAGGUUCUUGCCACAGACGAUGAGAUCAUGUCUGGAUUAGAUACUCUCCAAGUGGAAGAAUCACUUCACAGUGCGCAAUGGAAAGAUGAGGAAGAUUAUUCAGCUCUGGAAUCCUCGGGUGGUGUUUGUUUGACAUGA